AUGGUCCAUCCGGACAACAUUGUCACUGAUGAGUUAGUAGUUCCGGAUGAGGUCAACAUAGAUGAUAGGCCUAAUGAGCCGGUUAACGAUGUUAAAACCAUUACCGUUGUGGUGGAUGUUCGACCACAAUUUACAAAUGAUAUGACUUUUGCUUGUCGUGAACAUUUGCUAGAUUGGGUCCGAAAUAAAGCUAGUAAACUUGGAUUUGGCAUUGUGAUAUUAAGGUUUGACAAUGGAAGUAGUAGAAGGAAAGCUUUUGUUGUGUUGAAUUGCGAGAGGGGUGGGAAGUAUGUACGAACAAACCGGGUGUUAAAACACAAUGACACAGGAUCGAGAAAGUGUGCGUGUUCGUUAAAGUUGCGAGUAUCUCGUAGGAUUGAUAGAUUGUGGCGUUUUAGCGACAUAUGUGGAGUUCAUAAUCAUGCAUUGGAAACUAAUCUACACGGGAAUUCAAGUACGUGUUGGUUGUCUCGCAAAGAGAAGGAUGUUAAUUCGGAAUUAUCGAAAAUCAAAGUUGCGCCGAGAAACAUAUUUAUGGAUUUGAAGCAAAAAAAACCAGAUAGUGUUUCAAAUAUCAAGCAAGUAUACAAUAAACGGUACAAUCUUAAAGUCAUGAAAAUGGGCCCGAGGUCGGAAAUGCAACACCUUUUGAAACUUUUGGGUGAUAACCAAUACGUUUCAAGCUUUAGAACUUGUGAGGAUAAAGUUACGGUGCGUAACAUAUUUUGGACUAAUCCCGAAAGUAUCAAGUUGUUCAGCACAUUUCUAACCGUUCUUAUAAUUGAUUCGAUGUACAAGACCAACAAGUAUAGGCUUCCGCUUCUAGAAAUUAUUGGUGUGACCUCCACGGACAAGACAUAUUCGGUUGGAUUUUCUUUUUUGGAAUGUGAGAAAGAAGAUAACUUUACAUGGGCUUUGGAAAUAUGUAAGAAUUUGUUGGUUGAUCAAAAGAAUGUGCCUAGUAUCAUCGUUACCGACCGAGAUAAUGCUCUGAUGAAUACAGCCGGUACCGUCUUCCUGACAUCAACCGCAUUACUUUGUCGGUAUCACAUAACAUGCAAUGUGAGAACUAAGCUCAAACUCGCGGUUGGCACAAAAGAAAGAAAGGAUGACAACAGAAACAUCAUCAAAGUCGGUGUUAUGGUGGACAAGAUAAUGGCCGCAUGGAGGGAGAUUUUAGAUGCACGUUCCAAAGAAUUGUAUACCGAGAAAGUGAUACAAUUUCGGACAUUGUGUGUUUCUUUGAACACUUUUUUUCAUUACGUCGAAACGAAGCGGGCGGAGACAACGGGUCCAGAUAGUUUAAAAUGUGGGUGCACAAUUAGAAAAACCUACGGGCUUCCAUGUGCUUGUAUACUUUCUAAAGAGAUGAAGUUGAAUUCCCCGAUACACAUGAAUGAAGUAAACGAUCAUUGGAAAAAGCUCAGUUUUGAUGAGUUCCAACCGACAAAAGAGAGCGAUUCAAAAAUUACCAUCUCCGAUGAGUUGGAAGAGAUAAUGGAUAAGAUUUAUAAAGCGGAUGACACCAUGAAAUUGCACAUAAAAGAACAAUUUCGAAAAAUUGCGUUUCCGGAAACCACCGAUUUGAAACCUCCAUAUCAACCACUUAAAACCAAAGGUGCGCCUAAAACACCGAAAAGUAGCCAAGAUGACACAUCAACUAAACGAGAUCCUUCUUACUGUGAACAUGUUGAUGCAUUGAUUCUGGAUUCACCCACACCAAAGUCCAAGUGUAGUGGUAACAAAAGAGCACGUAUUUCGAAGCCGCCUCGCACACCUCCGAUUAAAAAACCUCUGAUGAUCUACAUUGAUGAGAUGCCGCUAUUUAUGCAUAAAUAUAUUGAUAAUAUAGUUCAUGUGGGUAGCGAUGGCAAUUAUGGAUAUCGGGCCGUUGCCGGUUUGCUCGGAAAAGGAGAAGAUAAUCACACUCUUAUAUGA